AUGGUCAAGCUUUUCAGUGCGUUCAUGUGGAGUGAAACAUUUAGUGGUGAUGGCAACAUGCUUUAUAGUCCUCCUCCCAAACAUAUUUCACACCAGGAGAUGGUGGAUAUUGUGAAAGAUAUGAGGAACAGUAUUGAGCCUGAGUCUGAUAGGGUGGGAGCAUCUGUGGAGGUUAUCACUGCUGGAAGAGAGAGGUACCAGCUGCAGCUCCAAGACGUGAAGAAACCAUGUCUCUUGUCUUUGCCUGUCGACCAUCACAGUCCCCCAGACCCACCCAUAUCUGGGCCCAGCAAGCCUUCAAGUGGAACUAAAUGCACUUCAGAUAGAAAUGAAGGGGAGGAGCCUUCUACGGAGGAGGAUCCUACAAUCUGUCCUGCUUGUCACAAGAAGCUUAAAACUCCCCAGGGCCUGAUAUCCCAUUUGUUGUCAGCAAGAAGCUGCAAAUGGUAUAACAAAGGGAAGCUACAAAGUUUGACAAUUCCAGGAGAACUUGAUAGGGGCAAUGAUUUGGAGAUAAGGGAAGUACCUGACAUGUUACCUGAUGAACUUAGACCUAUGGGUGAAGACCCAGAAGACGUGGUGGAUGACUACUAUGAUCAUCUCUAUGACCUUAUUCCCACAGAAUCUGAGGAGAAUAUGGCUGGACCCUCAAAGCUUCCUGAUGAAGAUAAUGAGGAGCGUAUUGAGGUACCCCACCCUACUGCAGGCAAGGUGAUUAGGAUGGAUAAAACAGUGUAUGAAAGAUGGAGGAGAGAAUUUGGAGCUGAGGAUAUGGAUGGUGAUAUGGAUAUGGAUUCAGAUAUGUCAGAUGGAUUAGGGAACAUUUUUGCACCCUUUGCGUCAGAGCUAGACUGGAGGGUUGCUUGCUGGGCUGUACAGGAUGGAGUAGGCCAUAAAUCAUUUGAUAGAUUAAUGGCAAUACCAGGGGUGGCGGAUAAAUUAGGUCUAUCCUACCAUAAUAUAUAUGGGCUCCAUAAGCUGGUCAAUUGUGUUCCAGAACGUGCUACUUGGAAAACUAGAGAAUUGUGGUUCAGGAACAGUCCCGAGCAUAAGCAUAUGGUUUAUCAUCGUGAUCCUAUUGAAGCUAUCAAGUCCUUGCUAGGAAAUCCAGCUCAUGCCAAGGAUAUUGUCUACAGGCCCAAGCGCAUCUUCACCAAUGCUUCAAAAUCUCACAGGAUUUACAAUGAGAUGUGGACCAGAGAUUGGUAG